GGCUCCAGUAUUCACAUUAGUGAUUUUGUCUGUGAAUCUAUCAGGCGCCUCAAACUUUCAGACUAUGAAAUUGGUAUAAAUGGCUUACUUCCUGAUUCCAUGCAUCUCAAAUAUACUGAAGCAGUUGAAUGUGCUAUACCAAUAUUUGAACGAACACACCCCAACAAGAUAGCUCUAUUCAUGUUUGAUAAUAGUAGCAAUCAUGGUUCAUUUGCUGAAGAUGCCCUUUUGGUCUCGCAAAUAGGUAUGAAAGACGGUACAAAAAAACCACUUCUUCGUGAUGGUACAAUGCCUGAUGGUUCCAAGCAUAUAAUGACCUAUAUAGACAAUGCUAAUGUAAAAAGGCCUAAGGGAAUUAAGCGGGUUCUUGAAGAAAGAGGUUUAUGGAUACCAGGCCUUAUAAAAAAAUAUGAUACAUGUAAAAAAAAUAAGUCUGAUCCAAACAACCCAAACUGUUGCACUUCGCGUAUUCUUUCAGCUCAACCCGACUUUGCAGCUCAAAGAUCAUGCAUACGAGAGAUAAAUAAUGCUUAUGAACUUGGACUUUCUGGAAAGGCUGCUGACUUUGCAGUAAAGAAGUAUCGUUCUCAUCGUCAAAUUCCAGAACAAGUUCUUGAAGAAUUCGCUCAUGAUUAA